AUGACGGAACCUGAGGAGCAGCCAGAGGGAGCUGCAGGAGGAAUGCGGAGGUCGACGAGGGACCGCAAACCAACGGCUAAAGGAUUAGCGAAUACUUUAGACGUUAGGAAAAAACGUCGGCGUGAUUCGUGUCGUAUAUUAAGGAUCGUCACUGCGAAGUUAAACGAACAUGUGUUAGUUGCGGAUGUGCCAGUGGAGGUUGUAAGGAAGGAGUAUUCUGUUUGGUUAUCGAGCUAUGAGGAGUUUCUGCAGUUUAACCAGGAAUAUCAGGCCAUGUUAACUCCAGACGAUCUGAUAGAGGACACUGCGCAUUAUUUUCUGGUUCACAAUGAAACAUUCACCAAGUGUAAGGACCAGGUUGAAAGGUGGUUGCUAGCACACGAUAUUCCCAAACCACGGUCAGUUGUCAGAUCCAAGAGUGAGCGUUCCAGAAAGUCAGAUGCCAGCCAAUCCAGGAUGCAGGAGGCUACGAAAAGGGCCGAGCUGAUGGCUAGAAUUGCUACCCUUGACAAGAAGAGAUCUUUGGAGCGAAAACGUUUAGACUUUGAUAUGGAGGUGGAAGAAUUCAACAUCAAGACUGAGAUAGCCGUAUGUGACGCAAAGGCAAAAGUUCUUGAAGAAUUCGAACACGAAAGCAGUACCAGUACCAGUUCUGCGGAUACACCGGAGAGUACACACGUAAAAGAGAUGGUUCCUGUUCUUUCUAAGGAUGCUGCAGACCGUAAGCGUACCCCCACUCUCGCAGGGUCUCUUAAUCCCAAUUUGCCAGCCACGGAUCUGCACGCUCGAUAUUCUGCUAAAAACCCUGUGUUGCCACCAGGCGACGUCCCCGUUCAUAGAAACAAGGAACCUGACUUUAAACCUCGGAACGUUAAGGCCACAGACAGUAAGAUGCCAAGCCUGGCGCGUCCUCACCCAUCUGAUGAUCAGGUUGCCCAAGAAGAUAACAGUGGUUUGCUAGCUAUAGCGAGGCAGUUAAAAAGGCCAACCUCAGAGCUAAACAAGUUUAGUGGAAACCCUAUGGAGUACACGCAAUUCAUUAGACAGUUCAAUGCCAGGAUAAGUGCUUACACGGAUUCAUACGAAGAGAGAAUGAACUAUUUGUCGCAAUAUACAACAGGUGAAGCCCACCGAAUCGUCAGGGGGUAUUCCAACCUUGACGCUAAACUGGGGUAUAUAGCGGUGUCCGAGGAGUUCGAAGAUAGAUAUGGCGAGACUGAUGUUGUAUCUCAGGCGUACGUAAAAAGGGCACUAGCUUGGCCGAGCAUUCGAGCGGACAAUCCAAGAGGGCUUGACGAUUACGCAAUAUUUCUUCGUGAAUGUCUAUAUGCCGUAGAAAAUGUUCGUGGUGCGGAGGUGUUGAACUAUUCUGAAAACAUCAAACUGUUAGUUUAUAAGUUACCCUUUCAUCUGCACGAUAAGUGGCGCAACAUUGUGUACGAAACAAAGGACAGAAACAAGCAUGUGACUUUUGGUCAAUUUGUGAUGUUCGUUCGCAAGGAGGCCAAAAAGGCCAUUGAUCCAACGUAUGGUCGCGAUGUGAUGCAUUCGAUUCAAUCAGACGCCAAACAUACCGCGAAAAAGCCAAGUUCUAGGAAGCAUGAUCAUAAAGCUCUUACUAGUGCCGCUGUGGCUGAAACUGCGGUUAGUUCACAAUCCGGUUCCGCGCAAAGUAAACCUAAACAGACAAUGACAGCCAAUCAGAACAAGAGACUCGCCUUUUCAAGGCCCUGCAUUUUUUGUAAGGGCAGCAACCAUGCCAUGGACAGUUGUGAUGAGUUGGCGAAACUAACUUUGAAGGAACGUUACGCUUUCAUUAGGGCGCAGGGUCUUUGUUAUGGUUGUCUGGUAUACGGGCAUCAACGUGGCUCUUGCAAACAAAAACUAAGCUGCGCACAUUGCAAACGCUUUCACCCAUCAAUCCUUCACGUCCAGUCCAGAUCUAGCCAGGCUGAUGGUACAACCGAGCCAUCUGGUGUCACCCUUGGCCUUGCUGCAUUACCUAAUCGUGAUAAGGGGGCCGGGGACAAACGUGAUUUUGCAGUAGGCAUUGUUCCAGUCCGGGUCAGGUCUAAAAACGGAAAUACGUGCAUAGAUACAUACGCAUUUCUCGAUACCGGAAGCACUGCGACUUUCUGUACAGAGGAACUCAUGAGAUCCUUAAAUCUCUCGGGGUGCAAGAAGAAGCUAUCCAUCCGCACGAUGGGCCAAGAGAAACUGCAGGACAGCUACGUCAUCUCGGGCCUAGAGGUACUUAGUAUGAACGGUGAAAAUGUAGCCGACCUGCCACCUGUUUUUACCCAGUCUUGCUUACCAGUAACCAGGAAGGAUGUAGUAACCUCUGCGGACAUUGAGAAAUACUCAUACUUGAAGCAAGUACCGUUACAGUCAUGUGAUAGUGAUGUAGGACUCUUGAUUGGGGUUAAUGUUCCCCAUGUCAUGCAACCGUUGAAGGUCAUUCCAAGCCAGGGGAAUGGCCCUUAUGCUGUGCAGACUAUCUUAGGUUGGGUAGUCAACGGUCCUUUAAACACAUCAGGGGAUGAUGAUCACUCGUGUUCAUCUGCCUUGGUGAACCGGAUUUCGGUACAGACCGUUCAGACUCUAGAGGAACAAGUUCGAGACCACAUAAAUUAUGAUUUUAGCGAGCGGGUCAUUGACGAUCAGGAACAGCCAUCCAAGAAUGACAAACAGUUUAUUAGAUCAGUGUCAGAAUCAGUUGAGUUCAUUGAUGGUCAUUAUGUUAUUGGUCUGCCUUUCAAGGAUGAAAACGUGCGCAUGCCCAAUAAUCGGCCUCAAGCAGUACAACGCAUGGAAUCACUGAGGCGAAAAUUCCAUAAAAGCACUGACUUUCAUGAAAGGUACAAAACGUUCAUGAACAAACUGUUUGAUAAUGAUUAUGCUAGGGUCGCGCCUGAAGACGAUAUGCAGGAGGGUAAGGUGUGGUACUUGCCGCACCAUGGCGUCUUUCAUCCGAAGAAAGACAAACUAAGAGUGGUCUUCGAUUGUGCAGCUCGCUACGGGGGGACAUCGUUAAAUGAUCAGUUGUUGCAAGGCCCGAACCUUACUAACUCUCUUACUGGAGUCUUACUUAGAUUCCGACAGGGGGAAGACGCGAUUACAGCGGACAUUGAAUCCAUGUUCUACAGGGUACGGGUGCCUGCACAUAAGGACGCCAAUUUUCUACGUUUUUUGUGGUGGCAAGAUGGAGAUCCAAGCAAGCCGAUGAUCGAGUGUCAAAUGUUGGUGCAUAUAUUUGGUGCGGCUUCAUCUCCAAGCUGUUCCAAUUAUGCUCUGAGGAAAACCGCUGAUGACCAUAAGGAUGGAUUUGCUGAAGCAGCCAGCACAAUACAGUCCAAUUUCUACGUAGACGAUUGCCUUAAGUCUGUAGCAUCAACUGAGAAAGCCAUUGCCUUAGCUGACGACCUGCGUACCAUUUGUGAUAAAGGAGGGUUCAAGCUGACAGCGUGGAUUUCGAACGAUAGGGAAGUGAUGGCUACAAUCCCUAAGGAGCUUUGGGCUAAGGGUGUCAAGGACUUAGAUAUCAAACAGAACAGCCUGCCGGUGGAACGUGCCUUGGGAGUUCAAUGGUGCGUGGAGUCUGACACUUUUAGGUUCAGGAUUCAACUUACUGAAAAACCUCCAACACGUCGUGGGAUUUUAUCAACCGUAUACUCAGUCUACGAUCCAUUGGGGUUUCUUUCCCCAUUCAUACUCAAAGCAAAGGCUAUUUUGCAGGAACUCUGUAAGCUGAAGCUUGGCUGGGAUGACAAUGUACCAGAGCCUUACCUUGGUCAGUGGAGAGAUUGGUUACAGGAUUUGCCCAAGCUGUCAGGGUUCAGCGCAGAUCGUUGUGUGAAACCUCAAGGGUUUGGAGAGAUAGCCUCCGCCGCUUUACACCAUUUUAGUGAUGCUUCAGAAACGGGCUAUGGUGUCGCCUCUUAUCUACGAGCGGUGAACGCAGAAGGACUUGUACAUUGCUGCUUGCUCCAGUCUAAGUCACGUGUGGCACCUCUCAAGCAGGUCUCAAUAGUGAGGCUUGAGCUAACUGCGGCCACUGUUGCUGUGCGCUUGAACACUAUGUUGAGGCGAGAGUUGGAGAUCAGUGUUGAGCAAUCAUACUUUUGGACUGACAGCAUGACUGUCGUAAAGUACGUAGUCAAUGAAACAUCGCGCUUUCAAACUUUUGUCGCCAACAGGCUACAAGUAAUUCAGGAAGGUUCCAAGGCUGAGCAGUGGCGGCACGUGCCUGGCAGUCUCAAUCCUGCUGACGAGGCCUCUCGAGGACAGAGUGGAGAAAGUUUUGUCCGAAACAAGCGAUGGUUGCGAGGUCCUGACUUUCUGAAAGAUUCUGAGGAGAGGUGGCCUGUGUUGCCUCCUCUGUCAUUGCGCCUAGAAACUGAUGACCCGGAAGUGAGAAAAUCCCCAGUAUCCGUCAUGGUUCAGUCAAUAGGUGUUACUAGCGACAGUUUUGAUGGUGAUGAUUCGGUGAAUAAGCUCAUACACCAUUUCUCAUCCUGGUAUAAACUAAAACGAACAGUUGCGUGGACUCUCAGAGUUAAGAAAAUGUUACAGAACAGGGUUCGCAAUGGAGUUUGCUCCUCUGAUAAAGCUCCGCUCGGUUUGACUGUGCAGGAGUUAGAGAGUUCAGAAAGGUCAAUUCUAAAUUUCGUUCAGCGAAAAGCCUUUGCUGAGGAGUUGGGCUCUAUCGCCAGUGGAAGACCUGUUAAGCAGAGUAGCUCAAUCAGAAGGUUAGACCCUGUAGUAGACAGUGCUGAUGAUUUACUGCGCGUCGGAGGACGUCUUGCUAGAGCAGCGCUGCCUCACGGAAUGAAACAUCCGAUCAUUCUGCCUAAAAACACUCAUGUUGGUAUGCUAAUUCUGCGUCAGAUCCAUAGAGAUGUCAUGCAUGAAGGCAGGAAUCACAUGCUUUCAAGACUGCGCCAGAGAUACUGGUUAAAUAACGCUCCUUCAGCGAUCCGUCAAGUUAUUUCAAAGUGUGUCUUAUGUCGGAAACAACGUGCCAAAGUUGGAGAGCAGAAAAUGGCUGAUUUGCCCAGCGAAAGACUAGUUGCAAAUGAACCACCAUUCACAUCGGUGUCUUGCGACCUGUUUGGUCCUUUUGAAGUCAAAAGGGGCCGAUCACGCACAAUGGCCAAACGAUAUGGAGUUAUUUUCACGUGCAUGACAAUCCGAGCUGUGCAUAUAGAGAUUGCGGAAUCACUGGAUACUGACUCCUUCAUGAAUGCCUUGCGAAGAUUCAUUGCGCGGAGGGGUCAAGUACGGAAAAUGCGUUCUGACAAUGGCUCAAACUUGGUUAGUAGUGAAAAGGAGUUGAAGGCGGCCAUUAAAGGAUGGAACACUGCGCAGAUCAGCAAAUGCAUGCUCCAACGCAAUGUUGACUGGGCCUUUAAUCCUCCUUUAGGUUCACAUCAUGGAGGUGUACACGAGAGACAGAUCAGGACAGUCCGAAAAUGUUUAUUUGGUGUGCUGAAGGAGCAAAGUGUAACUACUGAUGAAGGACUGAGGACAGUCAUGUGCGAAGUAGAGGCCAUUAUCAACGAUAGACCAAUAACAAGGGCAUCAGAUCAAUGUAAUGAUUUAGAGGCACUGACGCCUAAUCACUUAUUGCUGAUGAAAGUCACACCAAACUUGCCGCCGGGUUUGUUUAGUAAGGACGACAAUUACUGUCGGAGGCGUUGGAGGCAAAUCCAGUACCUCGCGGACCUUUUCUGGAAAAGGUGGUCCAAGGAAUAUCUGACCUUGCUUCAGGAGAGACAGAAGUGGUCGUCUGAGCGUCGAAACAUCGCCGUCAAUGACAUUGUGAUUUAA